ACGAGCUUGGGAGAAAUUCCAAUUCUAUUGUUCACGAGGACUUAAUCCGAGUCGGUCGGAUAUUGUACGAUUCUGGUAGCCAGGAGAAUCAUAGUGCAUGAUUGUCAUCUCGCCAUCGCCCACUCGCGUCAUCUGUCUUCAAACAAUACGGUCGUAUCUUUAUAAACCCUGUCAUCUUCGUUUCUUGGACUAUACCCUUUAACUUUAGCAACCAUAUGAUAGACAUAUCUUUCCAAAUGGCUUCGGCGCCUACUGUGCCGUUGGGUCAACGUAGACCUAUGGCUGUCUACGCAAAUGCUUUCGACGUAACACAAAUCCCAGUCAAAGCGUACGAGCAAUAUGAUGUGAUGACGCCUGAUGUAGAAAGUGUUCGAUGGAGACAUCGAAUAGUCGAAAGACUCCAAAACCACGAAGCACCCAGGGUCUUUCGUCUAUGUUUGUUUGACGGAAAGAGCAUUUUAUACUCUGCGGCGCCGCUGGAUCUUCCCGAUGGCACUUCGGGAAACUAUACCCUUGUUGUUCCCGGCAAAGGUCGGGUUACGGUUAAGGUAGCUCGCGUCGCAGGCGAGACAGUGACAUUCGAUGACCUCAAAAAAUUUCUCACCGGAAAAAUCAGCGAUCAGACACCAAAGGUCUCCGUUGCACUCAAUCUCCUUCAAUUCAUUAUUCGCCAAGCCCCGAAUCUAAAGUACCCGAAUAAUGGACGAGCGUAUUUUACCAGCGGCGGCUCAAAAGAUCUUCGCGGAGGUCUUCAGCUGUUUCGUGGAUUCUUUCAGAGUGUCAGACCAGCAAUCGGUAGAGUUCUCGUGAAUGUCGAUAUCAGUGCAGCCGCAAUGUAUAAACCGGGACCGUUUGUGGACGUUGCUUUAGAAGUAUUAAACAUUCGAGCGAAUGCACGCGCUCUCAGCUUCAAAAAGCAUAGCAAAGAAUGGAAUAUUCUCAGCCAAUUUUUCCGGAAUGUCCUUGUGGAAAUAAAGUUACCCAAAAAAACUGUGACGAAGAAAAUUGUUGGUCUCGUUGAAGCCGCUGGACGUUUUCCGUUUACUCAAGAAUCAGAAGACGGCUCAUCCCUUCCGACAACUGUGGAAGAAUACUACCGCAAAACAUACAACAUACGCCUAGCAUUUCCUGACAUUAUCGGCAUUGAAUUGAGCCGUGGAUCUGGAAAAAACACUGUCAUCCCGGCCGAACUCUGCACUGUGGCUGCAGGCCAGCGGUAUAACCGUAAACUACCGCAGAACAUGACGAGCAUGAUGGUUGAUUUUUCCAAAUUUAGGCCAGAGAAACGGUUGGAAAUGAUCAUUGGCCAGAAAGGCGACCGAGUCCAACCUCCCACGCUUGAGUAUGCCACGUCACCUUAUAUCCAAGACGCGGGAAUGGAAAUCUCGGAGAAACCAAUUACAAUACAAGGUCAACUUCUCAAGGCACCUACCAUUUUCUAUGGCAAAAAACAGUCUGCGGAUGUAAACAACGGGGCAUGGAACAUAACGAGGCAACAUCUACAUUCCCCCGAGAUCAUCAGGGCGUGGGCAGUUGUGGAUUACAGUCUAAGGCUAGAUCAAAACGUCAUUAAAGCGUUUAUGGACACACUUGAACAGUGUUGCACUGCACGGGGAAUGAGUGUGAAAGCUAAGCCGUCAUACAAACGAGGUAAUGGUGUCGGCUCGGUAGACCGGGAUAUCAAGGAGGCAUGUGCGCUGGCAUUGGUUUCAGCUGGAGCCCCUCGUGGUUAUAAUAAGCCACCUGAGAUCGUGCUAGUUAUCUUACCUCAAUCUGCCGCUGAUAUCCGCCAAGAUGUCAAGAGAGCGGGGGAUGUCACCCUUGGCGUGUCCACUCAGUGUGUGCGGGAAGACAACAUUGCAAAGUUUUCAGGGAGACAACUUGACCAAUACUGUAAUAACAUCGCAAUCAAAAUCAACGCUCGGUUAACGGGAGUGAACUCCAUCCCAUCAUCGCCUGCAUAUGAUUGGUUGACCAAAGAAGAUUUCAUGUUUUUUGGGGCCGAUGUUGGCCAUCCUGGACCUGGUGUCCAGAACAAGCCCUCAGUUGCCAGCGUCGUUUUUUCAUAUGACCGGCACGGCGUCAAGUACAGUGCAACAUCGAGGGUACAGCAGCCGCGACAGGAGAGAAUAGGCGAGCUUGGUCCUAUGGUUUAUGACGCCAUUACACGAUAUGGCAAGGUCAACGGGAAAGCCCCGAGGAGACUUAUGUUCUUUAGAGACGGUCUCUCUGAAGGUGAAUACGCAGGUGUUGGUGAACUAGAGUUCCAAGACAUCAAAGAGGCUGUGAGAAGGGUUUGGGCUGAAGUCAAAUUGAAUGAUCCUCCACCUCUAAUCACCUACCUUAUCGUGGGCAAGAGGCAUCACGUUCGCUUCUUCCCCACAAAUCCUCAAGAUGGAGAUCGAAAGAGCGGCAAUGUACAAGCUGGGUUUGUCGCCAGUGAAGGUAUUGCCAAUCCAAUUGCCAAGGAUUUUUACCUUUUGUCCCACGGUGGGAUACUUGGAACAAGCCGACCUGCCCACUACAUAGUAUUGAAGGACGAGAUUUUCAAUUUUGAUAUCAGGCCCAUACAAGAGGUGGCAUAUACUCUUUGCCACGCGUAUAUUAGCGCAACUCGAUCCGUCUCCAUACCUGCCCCUGUGUAUUAUGCGGACAAGGUCUGCGCUCGCGCCGAGUAUCACUUUGAUGCGAGUUUACGGUACAUCGACAGCGAUGGUGCAACUGUAGCGAGUUCGAGUAGUUGUGAGAAGCAGUCAUUUAACCUUAGCCAGUGGCGAUCGGGCUACGCACAAACCCAUUCGUCCAUGCUGGCCAGGAUGUUUUUCGCAUGAAAUUGUAGCUUUAAAUCUUUAGCGUUUUGUCAGGACUAGCGUUAUCUCAUUGUAUAUACUUACCCGUGUUCUUUCGGGAUGUUUCAUUUUGAUAGUCAGCGCAGUAUCAUACCAUGGUCUAAAGGUC